AUGACAGUACCUUACCCCCGCUUCCCCUUCUCCUCCGUCCUCCAUCGAAACAUCACCACCGCUCACGCUUCCUCUUUCUUCCCCUCUCUCUCCGCCUUUGUCCUCGAGAACUACAAUUCCCUGAUUCAGGCCUCAUCAAGUGCGACUCGACUCUGCGACUCCCUCGCCUACUUGACUCCAGUUGUGGAUGCGUGUUCCACAACUCUUGGCUUGGGCUUGAUUGAUCGGCCUUUUGCACCGGACGGCUUGCUUGUGAAGCAACCAGGGCAAUCAUCAUGGCUUCUAAUCUGCCUGCCCAGCCAAACAUUCGACUCACGAGUAAGAUUACCUGAUUCUUCCAGCCGUGGCGUGCAUCCCAGCGCGGGACGUUGCGGGGCUGGCGGCCUUGAUAUCAGCAUACUGACGAUUUACCAUGUCCACUCAGUCGUUGCAGCAGAUGGACUUUAUCGGCGUGAUGUCUUCCGCUUCCCGGACCCCUUCGCUGUGGCCACCGUGGGCGGCGAGCAAACUCAUACUACGUCUGUGAUCAAAAAAACACUGAACCCAUACUGGAAUGAGGCAUUUGAUCUGCGAGUCAACGAGGACAGUAUCCUUGCGAUCCAGAUUUUUGACCAGAAGAAAUUUAAGAAGAAGGACCAGGGUUUCCUCGGGGUGAUCAACGUGCGCAUUGGAGAUGUCAUCGAUCUUCAGAUGGGAGGAGAUGAGAUGAUCACAAGAGACCUCAAGAAAUCCAACGAUAAUCUCGUUGUACAUGGAAAGCUCAUCAUCAACUUGUCGACAAAUCUUGCCGCAGCGUCCCAGCCAGCCGGCUCUCAACGUCAUCCAGCGCAGUCGUCAACGUCAAGUGGACUUGUGCCUCAAGUCGCAGCCUCGUCAACACCACAAACCGGCAAUUCGGCGGCUGCGUCCAGCGCCUCACUCAACCACCGAGUCUCAACAAGCCAUCCUCCGCCAGGAGCCCCCAACGGGUCCGCUCCACCCGGCGCCAAUGCUCCAUCUCGCGCCAACUUGAGCUCUUUCGAGGAUAGCCAAGGCCGACUUCCUGCUGGCUGGGAACGUCGCGAGGACAACAUAGGUCGAACCUACUACGUGGACCACAAUACGCGUACCACCACGUGGUCAAGACCGUCGGCCAACUACAAUGAACAAACCCAGCGCAGUCAGCGGGAGGCGAACAUGCAGCUCGAGCGCCGUGCCCACCAAAGUCGAAUGCUCCCUGAAGAUCGCACUGGUGCCAACUCUCCCAAUCUAUCAGAUAGUCAACAGCCUGCCACACCCCCACCGGGACCAGCUGCGGCAUCUUCCUCCGCCGCUGCUCCUACCGCCGGGAGUGCCGCCUCGCACGCUGAUGCUGUCUCGAUGAUGGCUACCGGAGUGACCACAGCUGGCACAGGAGAAUUCCCUUCCGGCUGGGAGCAGCGGCAUACACCCGAGGGCCGGGCGUACUUUGUCGAUCACAACACGCGAACGACUACAUGGGUCGAUCCUCGCCGACAGCGAUACAUCAGAACCUACGGCCAAAACCAAAACCAGACUGGAAAUAAUGUGACCUUCCAGCAGCAGCCUGUCUCUCAACUUGGUCCUCUACCCAGCGGCUGGGAAAUGCGCCUCACGCACACGGCCCGUGUAUACUUUGUCGACCACAAUACCAAGACAACCACAUGGGACGACCCUCGCUUGCCUUCCUCGCUCGACCAGGGUGUACCGCAAUACAAGCGUGACUUCCGUCGCAAGCUGAUCUACUUCCGCUCUCAGCCCGCGCUGCGCAUCUUGGUCGGCCAAUGUCACGUCAAGGUCCGCCGUAACAACAUCUUCGAAGAUUCGUACUCUGAGAUCAUGCGCCAAAGUGCUUCGGAUCUAAAGAAGCGAUUGAUGAUCAAGUUCGAUGGCGAGGAUGGUCUCGACUACGGUGGUCUUUCUCGUGAAUUCUUUUUCCUCCUGUCCCAUGAGAUGUUCAAUCCUUUCUACUGUCUAUUCGAAUACUCUGCACACGACAAUUACACGCUGCAAAUCAACCCUCACUCUGGCGUCAACCCUGAGCAUCUCAACUACUUCAAGUUCAUUGGCCGAGUCGUCGGUCUCGCCAUCUUCCACCGUCGCUUCUUGGACUCCUUCUUCAUUCCAGCUUUCUACAAAAUGAUGCUGCGGAAGAAGGUGUCCCUGCAGGAUAUGGAGGGCGUGGACGAGGAUCUGCAUCGCAACCUUGCGUGGACUCUGGAUAAUGAUAUCGAGGGUAUUAUCGAACUCACAUUCUCGGUUGAUGAUGAGAAGUUUGGCGAGCGCACUACUGUUGAUUUGAUUCCUGGUGGUCGGGACAUUCCCGUCACGAACGAAAACAAGGCACAGUACAUCGAGUUGGUGACGGAAUGGAAGAUUAUGAAACGGGUUGAGGAGCAAUUCAACGCCUUCAUGGUUGGGUUCAAUGAGUUGAUUCCAGCUGACCUCGUCAACGUAUUCGACGAGCGAGAACUGGAGCUGCUCAUUGGUGGCAUCGCCGACAUUGAUGUCGACGAUUGGAAGAAACACACCGACUACCGUGGUUACCAGGAGCAGGACGAGGUCAUUCAGAACUUCUGGAAGGUGGUUCGCACUUGGGAUGCUGAGCAAAAGUCCCGUCUUCUGCAAUUCACCACGGGUACGUCGCGUAUCCCCGUCAACGGUUUUAAGGACUUGCAGGGUUCGGACGGUCCUCGACGAUUCACUAUCGAGAAGUCGGGUGACCCUGCGGCCCUUCCAAAAUCGCACACCUGCUUCAACCGUCUCGAUCUGCCUCCGUACAAGUCUUAUGAGGCGCUGGAGCACAAGAUGUCCAUUGCGGUGGAAGAGACGCUUGGGUUUGGACAGGAAUAA